AUGAGUUUGGAUGAGUGUCGUGCUCUUGAAGCACUGAAAGAGGACACUAAUACUACCAUUGAGGACUGGGAGGCAAACUGCGAUGAUAUGAGCUUUGGUGAUGUCUGGGAUGGGACUGAGCCGCUCGCUACCAGUCAUGCUGGUGGCGAGUUCACUGACCUUGCAAGAGAGGUUUUAGGGGAUUUCUGGAAAAUUAACAAUCGUGUCCAAUGUGUGGAUAACCACACUCGCCACGAUUGUGUCCUCCGCAGGAACCAGGCAUUCACAGAGCAGAUGCCUGUGAUGACCGAUGCCUACCUUGCCUGGAGCCUCACAAAAUUCAAGGAGGAGUUCAAGAGUUUUUUUGAGAGAUUGCAGAAUGAAGACCUGGAAAGGAACUCGGCUCAGGACUGUGGUGAAUGGUCAAUCAGCAUGAUUGACGUGUUCUGUGAGUGA